AUGGGGGGAGGAUAAUCAAAGGCUUAAAAAUUAUAAUCAUAACAAAGAGCCAACAAGCCACAAUUACCACAACACUAGACACCAAAAUAACAUAAUCAAUUCUUAAUUAGCGAACCUAUAUAGAGAUACUUUUGGAAUUCUUAAUUUGAUUAUGAAAACUUAAUAUCUGAGAUCCUAUUUAGCAUCAGUAUAAAAAGAUGUAUGGAAUACUUAUAAUAAUUUAAACUUCAUAUGAGAUAUAUCAAAAAGGCGAGAAAUUAUAUAAUGAUGUUACAUAAUGUUGUUUAUAUGAAUCAAAAUUUAAUAAUUAACAUAAAAAAUAAUGAUUGCGUUCUCAUCCCAUUCUUUAGUCUAUAUCAUAUUUCUAAAUUUUAAGUAAUAUUUAGUUCAUCUGAUAAGAAAUGGUGGGAAGGCAAAUAUUUUGUCAUAACUUAAAAAAAAUAUGUCAAAUUAUAUUUUAUAAUAAUUUUCAUAUUUCUAAUUAUUUCGAAAAUACUCUACCACCUAAAAAGAAAGGCUCUAUUUAAACUUUUGUUCUUUUUAUGUCUGAGUAUUUCUAAUCUAGAUUCAUGAACUAAAACCAAAAAAUGAUAAUAAAAAAGUUGAUCUUGUAUCUGUAAGAGUAUGAGCUGAUUAUUAACUAUAAUUCUUAUAUAGUGACAGCAUAUCUUAUUUAACAGAUAUCGAUUAAUUCGUUAAAGAAUAGGAACUAAUUAAAUAACAAAAUUAUCAAACCUAUAGAAGAUCCAAAUUAGAAAGUAAUGUCGAAAAAUAGAAAUAAUAAUAACAAUUAUUGUAUUAACAAUAGCUUCAAGAUUCCAAAAUUCCAACAUAAUAAAUAGAUGAUAUGGAAAAAUAAUUUAAAUUCUUGUCUGAUCACUCUUUAAUUGAAAUUCAAGAAUUUAGCUAAAAAUAAAAAUAAGUANACUCAAAUCUGGUUGAAUAAUCAGUUAAAACAACAAUUAAGUUAUUGCAUCUACAAACACCUGAUAACACAAGUAUUCUGGUAGAUUUGGAUCAACAUCUGUCAUCGAUUCUAAAUACUAUUAUGA